GUUCAAGGAUAAUGAAGGGCUGGUGGGAGGUAAGAGACGAGGAAUAGACUGUGAGCCACUCGCCGUUUUGGCCAGUGAAAGUGGAGGAUUGUUACUGGACUUGUGACUAUGGCGUCAAGAAAUAAAUGGUAGACUUUUGCCUUUUUAAAGGGGUCUUAUAUCCAUCAUUGAGUUAAGGGUUUACUGCUUGGAGUGUCACAGUAAGGGGUUGCACUGGACCUCCUGCGGAAAACAAAGGGCCGGAGGAGGGGGACCAGGAGGCGUCGGGCAGCCAGGUCCAGCAGGAAGCUCGAACACAGGAUUCGUGGAGUCAUGAGGACAGCCAGGAGAGCCAGCAAUGUGGAGGUCCCCUCCUUUCUCCGCCACUUGGUCAAGGAAACCGAGAAAAUGGUCACCUUCUUCUUCAAAGGGGGCUCCCGGGAAAAGGACCCCGAAGAAGAGGAAUACCUGGAUGAAGAUGACACGAUGCCGAGCCCGUAUCUAGAGCGGCCCAUUCUGGAGAAGCACGUGUCGGAGGGAGGCUCUCAGUCUGGGAUGAACUACGCCGUGGCCAGCAUGCAGGGGUGGAGGGCUCAGAUGGAGGACGCCCACACAUGCCUGCCUCACCUGAAGGGCGAGCUGACCGAGUGGGCGUACUACGCCGUGUUUGACGGACAUGCAGGUACUACGGUGGCGCAGUACUGCUCCAGGAACUUGCUGGAUCACAUCCUGGCGACAGGUGCAGUUAGCUGCAGAGAAGAUCCAGAGCAGGUGAAGGAGGGGAUCCGCGAGGGCUUCCUGGACAUCGACAGGCACAUGCACAAACUGGCACGCCAGGACAACUGGGACCGGAGCGGCUCCACGGCUGCGGCGGUCAUGAUCUCUCCGCGCCACGUCUACUUCAUAAACUGCGGCGACUCUCGCACCGUGCUCUGCCACGACAGCCAGGUGGUCUUCUACACCGAAGACCACAAGCCGUUUAACCCGCGGGAGAAAGAGCGGAUCCAGAACGCCGGCGGCUCCGUCACCCUGCAGAGAGUGAACGGAUCGCUGGCCGUCUCCAGGGCACUGGGGGACUUCGACUUCAAGGAAGUGGACUGGAGGCCGCAGACGGAGCAGCUGGUGUCGCCUGAGCCGGAAGUGUAUGAGAUAGAGAGGACGCCUGAGGAUGAGUUCCUGAUUCUGGCGUGUGAUGGUGUUUGGGAUGCCAUGGGCAACGAGGAACUGUGCGCUUUUGUGCGCAACCGUCUGCAAGUGUGCGAUGACCUGAGAGAGAUUUGCACUCAGGUCAUUGACCUUUGUCUGUACAAGGGCAGCUUGGAUAACAUGAGCAUCAUCAUCGUGUGCUUCCCAGGAGCCCCCCAGGUGUCACAGGAGGCGCUGCAGCAGGAGGCAGAACUAGAGCGACUCAUUGACCUGAAGGUGGAAGAGAUUAUCAACAUGAUGAAGUCCAAAGACGAGGAACCGGAUCUCCUGUAUGUGAUCAAAUUUCUGGCUGCAGAGGAAAUGCCAGGGCUGCCACCAGGGGGCGGAAUCACCAGCAAACGUGACUGCAUCAUCUCAGCGUAUCAGAAGCACGUCAUGGCCCACAAGAACCAGGAGCCGAUGGACAUCGGUGGAUCAGAGGAAGACUCCAGCUGAAACAGCAGCGCGACACAAUAUUCAUAUUUCCAGUGAAACUCACCCAUCAAGGCAGAUAGUUCCAGGAGCUAUUUAUCAUGGUUUCUACUCAUUUUUGUUGGUAAAUAUCGAUGCGUCCUGUGACCCAUUAAACUACUUUUGGCAGCGUG